GGGUGAAAAGUCACAAACAAACAUGGCGGCCGUGGCGGCGCUGGCGCUCACCGGAGUGUCGUAUUCAUGAUCGAGACGGGCCGCGUCAGGAACACACAGCCAUGAUUGAAGAUAAAGGUCCAAGAAUUAGUGACUACUUUGUAGUUGCAGGGCUGACUGACACAUCUACACCAUUAGAGCAGGAAAUCACAAUUGUAGAGCCCAGGUCAUCAAAGCCGAAAGCACCAAUAACAGAUGUCACUGUCAUAAUUAAAUCGGUUGGAGAAAAUGUUCCUGAAGGGUAUACUUGCAUUGAGAGCACGCCAACUGGACUUCCUGCAAACUUGAAUUUUGGGAGUUUGAAAAGUCCAGAGAUAUACCUUUGCUACAAGCGGGGACUUGAUGUGCCACCCCUUAUUGAUAUUGGGGUUUUAUAUGAGGGGAAAGAACGCUUAAUUCCAGGCUGUGAAAUCUUACAAGCAACUCCUUUUGGCCAUUGUGCCAAUGUUAACAACAGUUCAGCCAAUUCUCAGAAAAUCUUCAUUACCUAUCGGAGGGCUCCAUUGAACAGGCCUCAAAAUUCUUUAGCUGUGACUGAUAUUUGUGUUCUUGUUACGAGUAAAGGAGAAACUCCACCCCACACAUUCUGCAAAGUUGAUAAGAACUUAAACUGUGGCAUGUGGGGUUCCAGUGUUUAUCUUUGUUACAAGAAGUCUGUUCCUGUUUCCAAUUCGAUUGCUUAUAAAGCAGGGUUAAUAUGCAGAUAUCCUGAAGAUGAUUAUGAGUCGUUCCCACUGUCAGAAUCGGUGCCUCUCUUCUGUCUUCCAAUGGGAGCUACUAUUGAAUGCUGGCCACCCCAGACAAAAUAUCCUUUACCAGUUUUCUCAACCUUUGUGUUAACUGCUUCAUCAGCAGAAAAGGUUUAUGGUGCAGCUAUCCAGUUUUAUGAAUCGUAUCCAAUGGAACAACUUACUGAGAAACAGCUUGUGCAACUGGGCCUCAUCACUGCAGUGGGCAAGAAACUUAUCGUAUCCAAGUCUGUGUACACCAAUAAAUGCAUCUGCCUUCUCUCCCGCUGGCCGUUCUUUGAGGCGUUCCGCAAAUUUUUGAUGUUUCUCUACAAACUUUCUGUAUCUGGACCUCAUCCUUUGCCGAUUGAGAAGCAUAUAUCCCACUUCAUGCAUAAUGUUCCCUUCCCAUCAGCCCAGAGGCCAAGAAUUUUGGUUCAGCUGUCUGCACUUGAUGCAUUGAUUUUGUCUCAGCCAGUUUCAACACCCUUGCCUUUAAGAGGAGCAGACUUCAGCACUUUGUUGAUGAACUUGGGUGCUGAGAAUUGUGCAAUUCUACUGUACUUUGUCUUGAUAGAAAACAAGAUUCUGCUGCAUUCUCUCAGGCCUGCUGUAUUGACAGGUGUGGCUGAAGCUGUUGCAACUAUGAUCUUUCCUUUUCAUUGGCAGUGUCCAUAUAUUCCACUCUGUCCCUUGUCCUUAGCUGGAGUCCUCAAUGCACCAAUUCCAUUUAUUGUAGGUGUUGAUUCACGCUAUUUUGAUCUUAAUGACCCACCACUGGAUGUUGUGUGUGUGGACCUGGAUACAAAUACAAUAUAUCUAUUCAACGACAGGAAGAAUUUGACCUGGAAGCAACUUCCAAAAAAAUCUGGAAAGAAUCUCUUCAGUUCUUUAGUAAAUUUACAAAAUCAGCUUUCAUUAUUUCACAGGAGGGCACAGGAAGGGUCCGCUGUAGAGAUGACACCAAUAGAGGCUGAUUUUUCUUGGCAUAAAAAGAUGAUGUCACUAGAAAUGGAAAUCCAGGAGGCAUUUUUGCGAUUCAUGGCAUCAAUAUUGAAGGGAUACAGAACGUACCUCAAGCCCAUCACCCAGGCUCCCUCUAAAAAAGCCACUUCUGCUAAGUCGCUGUUUGAUCUGCAAGGAUUCUUGAAAUCUCGUGAUCGAACACAUCAGAAGUUCUACGUUCAACUGACUAAAACACAGAUGUUCAUUCGUUUCAUUGAAGAGUGCUCUUUUGUGAGUGACAAGGAUGCUAGCCUUGCAUUUUUUGAUGACUGUAUAGAUAAGCUAUUUCAUUCUGACAAAGGCACAGAAAAAGGAACCAAGGUUGAUGCUGACUGCACUGAAGAUACAAAGCUAAUUGAGCUGGAUGAAUCACAACGAAGUGAGCACACUGUGUUUAUCAUGCCCCCGGAACCUCCAUUAUCUGAUGAGCAACAUCUGGAAGGGAAAUUUAGCUAUAAAACAUUCCCAGUGCUUAAACCAGAGCUCUUUGACAGACCACAGGAAAUGAAAAUGCCUGUCAGGUUGUUAAUUGAAGGUACAGUCCCCAGUAGUCCAGCCCUCAUGGCAAAGCGAACAAAACAGGAGAUAAAAACUGCUCAGAAAAUUGCUCGGAAAUACUACUCUAUCCCUGCACUUUGGUUCAAGUGCUUGUUAAGCCAUUGUUACAGUCUUUGGUUCAUUUGCUUGCCAGCAUAUGUUGGAGUUUCUCAUUCCAAGGUCAGAACACUGCAGCUACCUUAUGAUGUCCUCGUGAAAAUGAGAAAUUUGAAGGUUGAUCCGUUGGAUGAGGUGUGCUACAGAGUUUUGAUGCAAUUAUGUGGACUCUUGGGACACCCCGUACUUGCUGUUAGAGUUCUGUUUGAAAUGAAAAAUGCUGGUGUGGAACCAAAUGCCAUCACUUAUGGUUACUACAACAAAGCUGUUUUGGAGAGUCCUUGGCCCAGCAGUAACCGCAGUGGUUCCUUUUUAUGGACAAAAGUACGGAAUGUGGUUCGAGGUGUCGCACAAUUUCGUCAAACCUUUAAAAAGACAAGCUCUUCAAAUCCUACAGUUUCACUGAUCUCAGGUGCUCAAUCAGACCAAGGUUAUGGAUCCAAAGAUGAACUUCGGCGUGAUGGCAUUGAACUCCAUGAAGAUACACUAGUAGAAAUUGGUACAAUAGCAGAGCAACAAGAAAGCACAGAUGGCAUUGGCGAGGCAUCAGCAAUGAGUAAAGAAAUUAAGAAUCUCAACUCCCCAGAAAGACUACACUCAAGUAGCAGCAUUGUGAAGCUGCAAUGUCCUCAUGUUGGCAACAAUGGAAACAGCGGUAAUGCGGAAAAUUUGCUGAUUGUAAAAAAUGAUAAUUGUCAAGAUGGUGUUGGUGACACCAGUACUCGAAUGCACCGGAAAAACAGUGAAAAAAGUCAGCAACGACAAAAACAUUGGGCAGAAAGGAGCUGCAGCUUCAGUUCUGAUACGCGGUCUAAUAUGUUACUUAAAACGGCAAGCCUUGACACUGAUCCUAAUGGAAUAGCAGAGAUGAUGGGUGCCGAUGCCAAGAUCCUAGCUGCUGCUUUGUGCAGUGCAAAAGAAGCAGAUUCAGUCAUUAAGACCCAUCCAAUCUUGGAUCACUCAACAAACCAAACAGGAAAGUGUCAAGAUGAAUGCACAAUUACCUUUGAUAAAUUCAUGGGUAUUUCGGAAGGUAUGGACUUAAGAAAAAUGAAAACAUCAGAUAAACACACUAUUGACCUAGACAUUGAGCCAAAUGCUUUUCUUCCGAUUGAUGAAGAGCAUGAAGUUGAAGAUUCUGUGCACAAAGGAACAACUGUGUGUCCUCCAGUUAAACCUGUGGAAAGAGAAGAUGUUAAGAUAGGUUUUGACCCAUUGUCAUUGAUGGCCUUGGAGACUGAGAAGAGAAUCCCUUCUAGUGGUGAAAAGAAUGUGCCUACUGUUGUGUCUCGAAAACUUGCGGAUGAGAUUGAAAUGUAUAUGAAUCUUAAGAGCCCUCUUGGGGGAAAAUCAGCCAGUAUGGAACUGCACAAGGCAGAGAAUGAAGAGAAGUCCUCAGACUGCAGUGACGACAUACACUGUCAUGCACCGGAAAGAAGGUCAAGUCUUCCAUCUAGUCCUGUUCCGCCGGAAGAUGUACAAUCAAUGUCUGUAACAGUGUCCAGAUCAAAAACAUUUGCUGGACAACCUAAAGUGCCUAAGGCCAUUUCACAGAAGAUGCGUUCAGCUUCAUUAACUGCCUUAGUGAGGAACAGUCAGCAUGGCUCCUUAGGAUCCAUGGUCACUACAAUUUCUGGAUUUAAGCUUGACAAUCUUCUCUCAGGACCCAAGAUAGAUGUACUUAAAUCUGGUAUGAAACAAGCAGCAAAUGUUGCCAGCAAGAUGUGGGGAGUUGUGGCAUCAGCAUACUCCUAUUCUGAUGAUGAGGAUGAAUGGUUUGAUGAUUCAAAAUCCAAUUUUCUUCCUGGUGGUCUGGAUUAUCAUUAUAGCGGCAGUCCAACUGAAAGAAUUGGUCUACCUACAGUGGCUACAAAUGGCCUUAAUCAAAGCAGCACUAGUCUUGGCAGCAGCACCAGCAGUGAUACUGGGAAACAUCUGACUGGUGCUGCACAUUCAUCUAAAGUAGGAAAGGAAAAUGACCCUGAGAAAUCAGAUCUUGGAUCCUUCCAAUGUGUCAGUACAUCAAGUAUCUUCCAGAAUUGUGCCUUGGAGGUGUUGAUGUCCAGCUGUUCUCAGUGUCAUGUCUGUGAAGCUUUGGUUUAUGAUGAGGAGAUUAUGUCUGGUUGGAGUGCAGAUGAUUCUAACCUUAACACCACAUGCCCAUUUUGUAAGAAUGCUUUCUUGCCAGUACUAAACAUUGAGUUUAAGGACUUGCGAGAUACUGGAAGUUUUUAUUUGAAGUCCAGUGUAUCCGGCGACAGUUUACACAACCACCAUGUCACCACUGUGGCAGAACCUGUUAUGCAAAACACUGACUCUGCGUCUGAUGCAUCAGAUCUAAUAAAUGUGGAAGACUCACCAGUGCCUGCUAGAGCACAGGAGGAAUCUACUUCUGUAGAUAAAAGUGCUUUGACAAAGGAGUCUCAGGAACUACUGGACAGUGGAAAUAAUGAAGCCACUACACGGACAUUCUCUUUGACCCGAAGUUACAGUGUCGGUGGUCCAUUGCAAAACUUGGAUGUGACUCAGCAGCCAACACAUGGUAUUUCAACAACCAGUCUCCCAAACAGUCUGCAUGAAAGUGUGGAUCCAGUGGGUCUCCAAAGUAGACCUAAUCCAAAGCCUGUGUCAGUACCAUAUCUAAGUCCAUUGGUGCUGCGCAAGGAAUUGGAAUCACUGCUGGAGAAUGAGGGAGAUCAGGUGAUACACAGUCCCAAAUUUAUCAACCAGCACCCAAUUAUUUUCUGGAACCUGGUCUGGUAUUUCAGAAGGCUGGAUGUGCAAAGCUAUCUUCCUGGACUCAUUCUGACUUCUGAACAUUGUAAUAAAGGAAUGCAGAUGUCUCUAUCAAAUCUUUCACAGGACAGCAAGUUGGUGUACAUACAGCUUCUUUGGGAUAACAUUAAUCUUCAUCAAGAGCCUGGUGAACCCCUGUACAUACAAUGGAGAAACAGGAAUAAAAAUUUGGUUGGUGGAUUAACCCCUGAUAGUCAGGUCGAGAAGAGUCCUCUACAUAUUAUUGUGAGAAGUAUCCAGACCAAUGAUGUGUUUGGGCCCAUGUGCCUACUCCUGAAGGAGACCAGCAAACACCCUGAAAACAAAUGGCAAAGGAGUAUGUAUAGAGAAAUUCUUUUUCUUUCCCUCGUGGCCCUUGGGAGAGAAAAUAUUGAUAUUGAUGCUUUUGAUAGAGAAUACAGAUCUGCGUACGAGCGCUUGACAGAAGAACAGUUGAAGGUAACACAACCGAUUGAUUUGCCACCCUGCAACAGGAUUGAGUGGUGUCGCAAGUGUUUUGAGCCUCUCUUCAUCUAAAAAAAAGUGCAACAUCUCUACGGAAUUGAACCACUAUGAUGUCCAAAGUAUAAUUGUAAACAUUUCAAACUACAUGUGCCCAGAGGGUUAGAAUACACAUGGAAAUAUGAUGCACAAGUGCUGUGGCUUUGUGAAUAAUGAAAGAAGUGUCCAGUAAUUUUCUAUGCUUCUAUGGAAGGGGGAUUUAAUAGAAUGUAAUUGCUAAGCACUAAAUGUCUUAAGGCCAUUUUUUAAACCUAUGGUGUAGUAGUGCAGUGUUUUGUACAAAUAUCACAAAGGAUGGUUCUGACCAUAUUGUAUUUUUUUAGCAUCUGUGCCUGGAUUUUGUGUUGGAUGAUUUCCUUAUCGUGUAAAUGAUGUGUUGAGAUUCUACAAUUCAGAAUGAUAAAUAUAUAUAUAUAAAAUAUAUAUGUGAUAUAUAUAUGUCCCAUCAAGCCAUAAAGCAACACCCAAUUGGACUGCAGAGAAGAAAAGCAAUUGGAGAGGAUUGCACACUUAUAAUUAACAAUCCAUUUGAAUUCUCUCGUUAUGCUAAGGCCAGCUCAUGCUUUAUGCUUUGGUGGUGAUAUAGAAAAUCUAUCCUAAUAUCUGACAGUUCUGUUGCUUAGUGCUCCAUAUAUAAAGGAUCUAUAAUUUUAUGGUGGUAUUUUUGAUAUUUCUAGUAGAAGCACGGUUGGAGCUAUCAUUUUCAUUUCUGUUCACAUAAUGAAAUCAGAGUAAUUUUAUGAAAAAUAUGACAUAUUGCUGACACCUUGUUUCUUCGUGAUUUCAACCGAGAUAUUGUAAGAGCACUGGGUGAAUCAUGGCAGUACAAAUGUAUUGAAGUAAAAAGUUUGAUUAUAUUAAAUUCCUCAACCCAUUGAGCUGUAAAAUAAUUGAUUUUUAUAUUUUAAUGCAGAUUACAGCAAUGGUUCAAAUCUUGUACAGCUGCACAGUUGUUUUAUAUGACAGCGGUCAGUACAAUUCUCAAAGUGUGGUAGUUUAAAUAAAAAUACUUAUUCAUUAAAA